GCUGCACGCGCUCCUCUCCUAGCGGUGGUUUCGUGUUACUGAAUAAUAAUAAUACCCGAACCGAAAGAGAGAGAGAGAGAGAGAGAGAGAGAGAGAGAGGCGGAGAUGGGGGGUUGGGGGGAGGAAAGCACUGACUGACUGAGAGAGGGGACACGACGAGCAUCUCGUUCCAAUGAAACCCCAAACAGCGUGACGAUGACGGCCAAAGGCAGACAUAAAGCGGUCCCCUUCCCCCUGGCCCACCGGCUGACCAUGAAGGAGGUGUUUGACUCGGAGGGCCGCCCGCGGGUGGACCUGCUCAAAGCUCACCUCACAAAGGAGGGCCGGCUGGAGGAGGCCGUGGCCCUGCGCAUCAUCGAUGAGGGCGCCGCCAUCCUGCGCCAGGAGCGCACCAUGUUGGAUAUUGAGGCGCCAGUCACGGUGUGUGGUGAUAUCCACGGCCAGUUCUUCGACCUGAUGAAGCUAUUCGAAGUGGGAGGUUCUCCUGCCAACACACGCUACCUCUUCCUUGGGGACUAUGUGGACAGGGGCUACUUCAGUAUUGAGUGUGUGCUCUACCUGUGGUCACUGAAAAUCCUCUACCCAAAGACGCUCUUUCUUCUACGAGGAAACCAUGAAUGUAGACAUCUGACAGAAUAUUUUACCUUCAAACAAGAAUGUAAGAUCAAGUACUCAGAACAGGUGUACGAUUCCUGCAUGGAGGCGUUUGACUGCCUUCCCCUGGCGGCGCUGAUGAAUCAGCAGUUUCUCUGUGUCCAUGGGGGGCUUUCGCCCGAAAUCCACACACUGGACGACAUCAAGAAGUUGGACCGAUUCAAGGAGCCCCCAGCGUUUGGGCCCAUGUGCGAUCUGCUGUGGUCGGACCCCCUGGAAGACUUUGGCAACGAGAAGACCCAGGAGUAUUUCGGCCACAACACAGUCAGAGGAUGCUCCUACUUCUACAGUUAUCCUGCAGUGUGUGAGUUCCUACAGACCAACAACCUGCUGUCCAUCAUCAGAGCGCAUGAAGCUCAGGAUGCCGGAUAUCGCAUGUACAGGAAGAGCCAGACGACGGGCUUCCCCUCCCUCAUCACCAUCUUCUCUGCUCCCAACUACCUGGACGUCUACAACAACAAAGCGGCGGUGUUAAAGUAUGAGAACAAUGUGAUGAACAUCCGUCAGUUCAACUGCUCUCCACACCCCUACUGGCUGCCCAACUUCAUGGACGUCUUCACAUGGUCGCUGCCUUUCGUAGGAGAAAAAGUGACGGAGAUGCUGGUCAACGUUUUGAGCAUCUGCUCAGACGAUGAACUCGUGAACGACGGAGAGGAAAUCUAUGACGCCAGUGCAGCUGCAGCGAGGAAAGAGGUUAUCAAAAACAAGAUCCGGGCCAUCGGGAAGAUGGCUAAAAUGUUCUCCGUGUUACGGGAGGAGAGUGAGAACGUUCUGACCCUGAAGGGACUGACUCCUACUGGCAUGCUGCCCAGCGGGGUCCUGUCCGGGGGCAAGCAGACCCUGCAAAGUGCUACCAUUGAGGCCAUUGAAGCUAUCGAGACAGUUAAGGACGCUGAAGCCAUCCGAGGCUUCUCUCCGCAGCACCGGAUCAGCAGCUUCGAGGAGGCCAAAGGCCUGGACCGGAUCAACGAGAGGAUGCCGCCUCGACGCGACGCCGUCAACAGCGUGGGGCUGUCGAUGGGCCGCAUGAACAUGGGCGAGCCCAACGGCACCGACAACAACAGCAAUAUCCAGUGAUCGACAGAAAAACAACCCCACUCCCACCUGCCUGCAGUCUUUACAAUGAUACUAUAUUUACCCAGUCUUGUACAUAGGCAUAUAAAGAGCAGAAACACACACACACACUCAUUACACCACACACACACACAGGAGAUUAAAUUCCCCCUCCCUUUGUUGCCCUCACAUGUUAUUUAGCCGGACUUUACCGCAGAGAGGCUGAGGGUCUUUUCUGAGCCCGGUUCUUCAGAACUAACCCUGAUCCUGACCCUGACCCCUGUACCUGCACAACAACAACAGGAGACGGCCUCCGAGAGCAGACCUGGACUCUGAGGAGAGCUGCUGCCGUUUGCCGUGUGUUUGUGGGGAACCGCCGGGGGUGCUGGUGUGUGACGGUGUUGUGCCUGCGUCAGUCGGUGUGUGUGUGUGUGACGUUUGGGGGAGGGUGGGUGUGGAUCCAGCUGAUGGAGGGAUGGUCCGGAGGGACCGGAAGCGACCAGGGCUGGAAAAUUAUUUCAAAUGUUCAAUUUUCUUUUGUUGUUUUUUUUUUACACACACACACACACACACUUCAACUCCGUAGGAGUUUGUUUGAGAGAGUCGAGGCCCGGCGAGGUGACCUCAGCCGCAGUCUAAUCUGAGCCCUCGCUUUUCUUCUUCUUCUGUUUGCUUUUGUAGCUUUGCACCGUAUUCACUCUCCAUACAGAGUCGGGUGGAGGAUUCCCCACCCAAAGCGCUUGGUCCAGACCUCUGGUCCAGUUCCACGUUGACUCUUGAAGACCAGCCCCCGCCCCCCUUAUCUGUUGCAUGUAAAUACAUAGAGGUUUUAUCACAGGGUGCAAGACGCAGUAUAUUAGAAGAAGAAUGCUUUAUAUAUCUGUGGGGGCGUGUGUGUGGGUGUGUGUGUGUGUGUGUGUGUGUGUGUGAGGAAGGGAGGGGUUAAAAUGUGAAGCUCUUCGUCCUCCUUUCUUCCUGUCUGGUCGCCGGCCUUUGAAGCUGGAAGCGGUCGUUCGGAGGAAACGGACUCUUCUGGCGAAGGAAGGCGGCCAAAGCAGCGAGAAGAAGCCAAGAGGAUUAAGGUCUUUGUAAAGCAUUUAUAUUAACGCAUCAGUGCAUGCAAAAAUUAAGUUCUUUGAUAAUAAUGUGAAGAUUAUAUUUGUGCUAUGUGUUUUUCGCUAUGGUUUUUUUCUUUCUUCUUCUGUUUUUUUCUGGCUAAUAUAAGCAAACAGAGGUAUAACGAAUCAUUUAUUUUGUACAUAUUGUUAAUUCGGUUUGUUUUUUCUAUCAUUGUUUGUGUUUGUUUCUUUCUUUUUCACAACGUGUGUUCUUCGGUUGGUUUGGACACUUGUACAGAACAACGGUACGAUUCUUACUCAGAGUGUCGAGUCCACGUUUCGCUCCUCUGUUUCUUCGCCAUUGUACAGGAGUCGUUUUUAAUGAUUAAACAUGAAUAACGAAUAUUAAACUAGCAUCGACGAAUGACCGUUCUAUAUACCGAGGCACAGGCAUUCAGGCAGCCGAAAGCAUGAUUGCAUGGUUAAGAUUUGUGCUGUUCGAAAAACAGAAAGCAGCAGCGGACACGUUUUAACGGACGAGCCGGUGCGUCACGAUUAGACGCAGAGUUUCCCAACCCAGGUCCUCAAGGCUCACCGUCCUACAUGUUUUAGAGGUUUCCCUGCUUUAAUGUGCCUGAUUCAACUGACUGCAGUUCAACAGACGCCUGUUAAUCAGUCAUCAAUUGAAAUCAGCUGGACUGAAGCAAGGAAAUACCUAAAACAUGCAGGACAGUGAGCCUUGAGGACCAUGAUUUGGAAUUUAACGGAAAAAAACGUGUACUCUCUUUCAUCAUCGAUGAUUCCUCUUGUUAUUUGAUAUUUAUGAUUCUAUGAUUAUUAUGGUUCUAUUUAUUAUGGACAAUAUUCUUAAUAUGUAAGCUCUCUAUCUCUCUCUCUGCUGGUUACUCUUCAUGUUGCGUUGCUCAUUGGUUGAUCUUGUGCUUCUUUGGGUGAGGUGAACCUCCUGGGACACCCUGUGCCAUAGAAAUUGUGCCACGGUUCUGAAUCGUUUUCUAUCUUUUCUUCUUUUUUUUUCUCGUUUUUUUCCGUUUCUGUUAUUUUCUUUUGUCUUUCUUUGUUUUUUCUCUUUUUAGUUUUUCUUGUAUAUUUUUUUUAUGUUUCUUUUUAUUUCUUAAUUUCUUUGAGGUUCUUUUGUUUGUUUUCUUUAUUUCUAUGGUUCAUUUCUUAAUUUGAUAUUUCUUUUAUUUAUUUGUCUCUUAUUUCUUUGUUUCUUUUUGUUAUUUUUGUGUUAAUCUUGUUUCUCUGUAAGAUUUGUGUUUUUUGUUUUCUUUUCUUUUUUUGCUGACUCCCCAGUCACCAUCACUGUAAGCAUGGCCCAUGGGACGAUCCACUUUUUUACUCUUGAAUAAAAUAUGCAUGAACCUUU